AUGACCAAGAGGACAGCUCUGGUUUCAGCGGAGCACAAGGCAUUGGAUAUGGCUCGAGGUGAUGACGGCGCCCGCAGCGGCGGCGGCCGCGGGGACUGCAGCGCGCACUGCAACGUGCUGAGCUGGGAGCAAGUGCAGCGCCUGGACCGCGUCCUCGGCGACACCAUCCCCAUCCACGGCCGCGGCAACUUCCCCACGCUGGAGGUGCAGCCGCGCCAGAUCGUGAAGGUGGUGCGGAGCCGCCUGGAGGAGAAGGGCAUCGCGCUGCGGGACGUGCGCCUCAACGGCUCGGCCGCCAGCCACAUCCUGCACCAGGACAGCGGCCUGGGCUACAAGGACUUGGACCUCAUCUUCUGCGCCGUCCUCAAGGGGGAAGCCGAGUUUCAGACUGUGAAGGACGUGGUCUUGGACUGCCUUUUGGAUUUCUUACCCGAGGGAGUGAACAAGGAGAAGAUCACCCCGCUCACCCUGAAGGAAGCUUAUGUGCAGAAAAUGGUAAAAGUAUGCAAUGAUUCAGACCGGUGGAGUCUCAUCUCCCUGUCCAACAACAGCGGCAAAAAUGUGGAGCUGAAAUUUGUGGACUCCCUGAGGAGGCAGUUUGAGUUCAGUGUAGACUCCUUUCAGAUCAAGCUAGACUCCCUUCUGCUUUUCUAUGAAUGCUCAGAGAAUCCAAUGACUGAAACUUUUCACCCAACUAUCAUUGGUGAGAGUGUCUAUGGGGAUUUCCAAGAAGCCUUUGAUCACCUGUGCAACAAGAUAAUUGCCACCAGAAACCCAGAAGAAAUCAGAGGAGGUGGCCUUCUUAAGUACUGCAACCUGUUGGUAAGGGGCUUCAGGGCUGCCUCAGAAUCUGAGAUCAAGUCCCUUCAGAGAUAUAUGUGUUCAAGGUUUUUCAUUGACUUCUCAGACAUUGGAGAACAGCAAAGAAAGCUGGAGUCUUACUUGCAGAACCACUUUGUGGGAUUAGAAGACCGCAAGUAUGACUAUCUCAUGACCCUUCAUGGUGUGGUGAAUGAGAGCACGGUGUGCCUGAUGGGACAUGAGAGAAGACAGACUCUAAAUCUUAUCACUAUGCUGGCCAUUCGGGUCUUAGCUGAACAAAAUAUCAUCCCCAAUGUGGCCAAUGUCACCUGCUAUUACCAGCCAGCCCCAUAUGUAGCAGAUGCCAAUUUUAGCAAUUACUAUAUUGCCCAGGUUCAGCCAGUGUUCACAUGCCAGCAGCACACAUAUUCUACUUGGUUGCCCUGUAAUUAAGGACCAUUUGAAUAUACCUGGUGGGGAGAACAUUUUUUUAACUAAUAGAGAGGGGUGACACACUCCUUACAAUGGGGUGAUUUUUGUGCAAUGAUGAUCUGCUCUAGGUUUCAAGCUUGGUAAAGCUUGUAGUUCUUCUAAUAAAAAUAACGGGAGCAUGAUCUAGAAAAGAACCAAAAAUAACUGGAUUCUACCCCUGAGCACAAGAGGCCUGUCACUAAAAGCAAAUGGCUUCCCCUGAAAUAAACAUGGGAGGAAUGCAUGAUGACAAUAUGGGUUGGCGAUACCUGCUCCCAUAGCUUUGGCAUAGAGAAGUUUUGGGAAGCCUUUUUUUAUUUUACUUUACUUUCCCAAAGAAUGGGAUUUGCAAAAAGGGAGACCAUGGGAAGAAAAUGAAACAAAACCCCAACAUUAUAUAUAUUUUCAGGAAUUAAAAGUAGAGGCAUAAUGCAGAGAUAAGCUGAAAUAAAAUGUAUAUUGGAAUUACUGCAUUUGGGGCUUGCAGCAAGUGCUGUGUAUGGAAUGAUCAUGUAGGAUGUAUAGCUUGCUUGAAUAGAAUGCUUUAACAGAGAAACGGCUUGCUCCAGAUGAACAGUAGGAGAUUGGUACAGUUCUAAAAACGGGGAGGGAGGAGGGAAGGUAUGAUGACAAAGUCCAUUUAUUUCCAGCUGUGUGGAUGCUUCAC